UGGUUGAAAGAACACAAGCCGGUAAUAGGGGCAAAUGGGGAAGUUUCCUACGAUGGGAAGAACUGCAAGAGUCGAUGCUUCACUGACAAGGAGCCUCAUAUAGAGAUGGACGAGGGUAUAUUGGACGAUUCGGAGGCGCAAUUCAUCGGUAGCAUCUGUCUAUUAGAAGAUGAAUCGGUUAACCUCCGCGAAACCCUUCCCUCUUGGCUCCAUAAGUUUCUUAAAGUCUUCCUACCGUCGGAAGCAGAUAAGUUACCACCGCAUCGAUCUUACAACCAUGCGAUAGACCUCGAACCAGGGAAGCAGCCACCAUGGGGACCUUACCUGGAGAAGAUGCUACGAUUGGGAAAGAUUAGGCUGAGUAAAUCACCGGCAGGAGCCCCAAUCCUAUUUGUGAAGAAGAAGGACGGUACUCUGCGACUUUGGGUUGACUACCGUGGACUUAACCGCGUGUCCAUCAAGAACAGGUAUCCUCUACCACUUAUGGAUGAGUUGCGAGACCGUGUAGCAGGCGCGGUUAUCUUCUUGAAGAUUGACCUGAAGGAAGGUUACAACCUCAUCAGGAUAAAAGAUGGCGAUGAGUGGAAGACAGCCUUCCGUACACGGUACGGGCAUUUUGAGUACCUCGUCAUGCCUUUUGGGCUGGCAAAUGCGCCGGCGACCUUCCAGAAUAUGAUGAAUGAUGCGCUGAGGGAAUUCCUGGAUCAAGGUGUAGUAGUAUACCUUGAUGAUAUCCUUGUAACGGAGCCAUUUCAACUGUUUGGUGUAUGA